CAUGCCUAUAAAUACUCGAAUUCGAUCUCUGCUAUAUCCUCAGCAGUGAAUAAGAAAAAAUGGCUCAGUUUUGGAGUAAUUCCAUUGUGAUAUGGCCGUUACUGCUGAGUUGUUUAUGCCUGAACCUGGCUAGGAAUAUGGCAGAAUUUCCAAGAAUCGAACACUACCGCAAAAGAAACGUCGACCGGAUUGCGUUCUUGGUGGUGGGAGACUGGGGACGAGGUGGAAAUUUCAAUCAAUCAAGAGUUGCUACUCAGAUGGGAGAUAUUGGAAAGAAGUUGGGAAUUGAUUUCGUGGUCUCGACUGGCGAUAACUUCUAUGAUGAUGGCUUGAAAGGCGUGAACGAUCCGCUCUUUCAACUAUCGUUUACUAGUAUUUACACAGCCAAAAGCCUGCAAAAGCCAUGGUACACAGUCUUAGGGAACCAUGAUUAUCAUGGGAACACCGAGGCUCAGUUAAGUCCGGUCCUCAGGAAACACGAUAACCGGUGGCGUUGUAAGAGAAAUUUCAUCGUUGGAGCAGGAAUCGUGGAUAUUGUUUUCAUCGACACCACUCCGUUUGUGGGAAAGUACUUCAACAACUCUAAGAACCAGAAGUUUGAUUGGAAAGAUGUACUGCCAAGAGAUAAAUAUCUGUCUGCCCUUCGAAAAAGCCUGCAUUUGGCACUCAGCAAGUCGAGGGCUCCCUGGAAGAUCGUCGUCGGACACCACACGAUGAGAAGCAUAGGCCAUCAUGGUGACACUCGGGAAAUUGUGGAUCAGCUUCUCCCAAUUCUUGAGGCGCAUAAGGUGGAUAUGUACAUCAACGGACACGACCACUGCUUGGAGCACAUUAGCAACAACAAAGGCAUGAUGCAUUUCUUGACAAGUGGAGGAGGUUCAAAGGCUUGGAAAAACGACAUUCACUAUGGGAAGAAUAACGACACCGUGCACUUCUACUAUGACGGGCAAGGAUUCAUGUUUGUGUCGCUGACGCACCAGAGGGCAAAUGUGUUAUUCUAUGAUGUUUCGGGAAAACCUCUGUAUCAUAUGAGGAUAAGGUCCACAGACAAAAAAUUCACUACUGUCUGAUGAUGCAAAGAAGACACACUACAAUGAUGAAACUACAGUAAAACCUUUAUAAAUUAAUAAUCUUGGGACCA